CUAUCUAUCUAUCUAUCUAUCUACACAUUUGCGAACAAGGGUUUCAAAAGUUGAAACAUAACAGGGGCUCAGCCGAAACUCGGAAUCAACAUGAGUUUCUCGAGCGAUGAAGUGAAUUUUCUCGUCUACAGAUAUCUUCAAGAAUCAGGCUUUGUCCAUUCAGCUUUCGUUUUCGGCGCCGAAUCCUUGAUUGCUCAAUCCAACAUUAAUGGAGCCUUAGUUCCUCCAUCCUCCCUCAUCUCCAUUAUACAGAAGGGAUUAAUGUAUGUCGAAGCUGAGAUAAGUACAGCUGAAGAUGGAACUGAGCGACAUAUUGACACACUAUCCCUAAUUGAUGCAGUAAUGCCGGAUGUUGUGACAAGCCGGAAACAAAUUGAGAGCAACGGCAAGUGUCCUGGGAUAAAAGAGGAAACUGCCGGCGGAUCGGCCGACCAUGGCGAAGGUCUGGGUGAAUCUAUGGAUGUUGAUGUCGAGAUCCCGGCCGAAAAAUCCACAAUUCUCAAAGGUCAUGAGAGUGAAGUUUUUAUUUGUGCCUGGAACCCUAAACAGGACUUGCUUGCAUCCGGUUCUGGAGAUUCCACCGCCCGCAUCUGGAAUCUGACCAAUCCCGACCAGCCGGCGACAACAGAGGUUCUACAGCACUGCAUCAAGAUGGAGGGUAAGGAGGUUCCGAGCAACAAGGAUGUCACCUCGUUGGAUUGGAAUUGUACAGGUAGCCUCCUGGCUACUGGAUCCUACGACGGUUUUGCUAGAAUCUGGUCAACCACUGGCAAGCUAGAGAAGACCCUGGGUCAGCACAAAGGACCGAUAUUUGCGCUGAAAUGGAAUAAAACUGGAAAUUACAUACUCAGUGCUGGUGUGGAUCGGACGACUAUUAUCUGGGAAGCAAGUACUGGAACUUGUAAACAACAGUUUGGUUUCCAUACUGCUCCGGCCCUGGAUGUUGACUGGAAAUCUGAAGAUAGUUUUGCCUCCUGUUCUACAGAUAAACAGAUCCAUGUUUGUCAGCUGAAUCAUGACAAACCUAUUAAAUCCUUCCAGGGGCACACUAACGAGGUGAACGCUAUCAAGUGGGACCCCCAGGGUAAGUUUCUGGCGUCAUGCAGUGAUGAUAUGACCCUGAAAAUCUGGAGUAUGGACCGGGAUAAGUGUCUCCAUGAUCUGCAGGCCCAUCAGAAGGAGAUUUAUACAAUAAAAUGGAGUCCAACAGGACCUGGGACAAAUAAUCCAAACAUGAAUUUGGUUCUUGCCAGCGCUUCAUUUGAUUCUACAGUUCGUCUGUGGGAUGUCGAGCAAGGAACCUGCCUACACACCCUGACCAGGCACAAGGAACCCGUAUACAGUGUCGCGUUCUCGCCUGACGGGAAAUUUCUGGCCAGCGGGAGUUUUGAUAAAUGUGUUCACAUUUGGAGCACCCAGACCGGGCAUUUAGUUCAUUCUUAUUCUGGAACCGGUGGGAUCUUUGAAGUUUGCUGGAAUUCAAAAGGAGAUAAAGUCGGCGCUUCGGCCGCCGACGGAACCGUUUUCGUUCUUGAUCUUCGGAAGUAAAGGAUUUUAUCAGCAUUGUAGUGAACUUGAUUUUAUUGCUCAAGUAAUUGUUGCACACUGUGAGUUAAAACAUUGAAUAACAUAAAUGUUAAUGUUUAGUUUAAAAUUAAAAAGUACCUUUUUAACGCA